AUGAACAUCCGCAGUGCUCGGCCCGAAGACCUGAUGAACAUGCAGCACUGCAACCUCCUCUGCCUCCCUGAGAACUACCAGAUGAAGUACUAUUUCUACCACGGCCUCUCGUGGCCCCAGCUCUCCUACAUAGCUGAGGACGAGGACGGCAAGAUCGUGGGCUAUGUCCUGGCCAAAAUGGAGGAGGAUCCUGAUGAUGUCCCGCAUGGACAUAUCACCUCCCUGGCUGUGAAACGCUCACACCGGCGCCUUGGUUUGGCCCAGAAGCUGAUGGACCAGGCCUCACGGGCCAUGAUUGAGAACUUUAGCGCCAAAUAUGUGUCCCUGCAUGUCAGGAAGAGCAACCGAGCAGCGUUGCACCUCUAUUCUAAUACCCUCAACUUCCAGGUCCAUGAAGUGGAACCCAAGUACUAUGCAGACGGGGAAGAUGCGUAUGCCAUGAAGCGGGAUCUCUCCCAGAUGGCGGAUGAGCUGAGACGGCAGCAGGUGCUGAAGAAGGGCAAAUACGUGGUUCUGGGUUCCAGGGACAACCAGGAGACUCAGGAGAGCCUAGCUGGCAGUGAUCGUGGGGGUGACGGCAAAGAUGGUGCCGAUGCCCAGGACAGCUCGGAAGACUUGGACUUCACCUCCUAGAGCCUGCUUGAGCGUCACAGGUCACUGUUGCUCAGGCACUGCGGUCUUCUCUACAGCAUCUCUCGGCUCUGAAGUCUUCUCACAGUGACCUGAAUUGCUUCUCAUUUUGGACUCGGCACCCACUUUGACAGAGCCUACUGUGGUCAUGAAGGAAUGCCUGGACACAGCUUGCUGGGCAUGAGCCAAGGAAUCUUGAGGACUGCCGUGAGAGAACCUUCCUUGGCCUCCUCAUCCCAUGAUACCACUGUGUUCUGUUGGCACAUGUCUGACUUUGGACAGUGGUUGUCCCGCAGGGGUCUCCUAGAAUGCCAAACAGAAAGCAGGGACAGCUCUUAAAGCUCCCCAUCUUUCAGGUUUUGCCUUUAUCUGAGUUUUUCAUCAGGAUGAUCAUGUCCCCUUCCUUGUUUCUUGUUUUUUUCUUUUCUUUCUGAAAACUCCCUGUGUCCUGUGUUGUUCUUUCUUCUGGAGGUAUUUUUCCCUUUCCACAUAGAAGGUGAUAAAAAUAUACUAUAUGUGCAAAAUAUAUAGAUUUUAAGAAAAAAGACAUACAGUAGUUAAAUUGAUCUAUAAUAAAAAGAUAAAUGCA